AUGAAAGGGGAGGUAAAGGGAAAUGAGGCUACGAUUAGGGUUAGAGGAGAGAAAAAGGGGAGAGGGAGAAGCGAAGGGGGGCAAGCAGGGGGGAAGGGAGGCGGAGAAGGGGAACGGAACGGAGCGGGAGGGGAAAAGAAAUGGGGGGGGACAAGCGGGGGGGAAAAGGCGCAGGGCGGAGGGUUGAAGGGGCUAAGCGCAGGGGGGAAGAAGGGAGAUGCGCGCACAAGUGCGGGCAUGGUUGGUGCCACGGGUGGGGGUGUGGGUGGGGUAGGAGAGGGAGUGACGGAGGGAAUAGCGGAGGGGCUUAUAGACGGUUUGGCGGAGGGAAUAGCUGAGGCGCUGGGGGGGAAACGCGCAGAGGGGAAAGCGGAGGGGAGAGAGGCGAGACGAGCAGAGGGAGCAGCAGCAGCAGCGGCAGCAGCAGCAGCAGCAGCAACAGCGACAGAAGAAAGGGCAACAGCAGCAAAGGGGCGUGUUGAUAUGCAAGGGAAUGAGGAGGAUGCGUCAAGAGGGGAUGUAGAUGGAUGGGUUGACCCUGUAGCGGAGUACAUAGGAUGGUCUAUAACGGGGAUGAGGAGGGGAGGGGGAGGGGAUGUGGAAAGAGGGGAAGAGGAGGGAGGAUGGGGCGAGGAGUGGGAGGAGGAAGGGGAAUGGGAGGAGGAGGAGGACGAGGAGGAGAGGGAAGAGGAGGAGGGGGAAGAAGAGGGGGAAGGAGAUGGGGAAGAGGAGCAGGAGAAGGAGGAGGGGGAGAGUGAGGGAAGAGAAGGACGGAAAAGGAUCAGCAGCAGCAACGGGAAGCAGCGGGGAAAGGAGCAGGAGAACGACAAAGCAGCACAUGAGAAAGCAACAACGAACCGUAUCAGCUGCGAAAAGUGUACAGAGAGAAAUAGGUGCAGGGAUUGCGAGGGGUGCAAAGAGGCUAAUAGUGGAGGAGAAGCAGAUAAGAGGGGCUCGGCCACAGCAGGAAAGGCACGAGAAGGUCGACCAGGAGGAGAGGCGGAAAAAGCAGCAGAAGCAGUCGAUGAAACUUCAUUGAAUCACUUGAAUGCUGCUGGUAUAGGUCCCUUAGAUGGGUACGCGGAUGGUUUGGAAGACAACGCGGACCCCCUGGGCGGGUAUAUAGACCCACUGGAGCAAUAUAUGCUGUGGUCUGGCGUGGGGAUGGUGGGAGAGGGGGGAGGGGAGGAGGGGGAAGAUACGGGGGAGGAGGUGGGGGAGGAUGUGGGGGAGGAGGUAGGGGAGGUUGUGGGGCAGGCGGAGGUAGGGGGAGAUGGAGAGGGGACGGUGGGGGGAGGUGUAGGGGGAGAGGUUGGCGGAAAGGUAGGUGAAGAAGAGGGGGAUGAGGUGGGGGAAGGGGAGGUGGGGGAAGAGGGGAUGGAGAGGAAGGAGGUGAGUACAGGGAAUGAGAGGAGAGAGGUGGAGAGGCGAGAUGAGGAGGGGAGAGAGGAGGAGGGGAGGCAGGAGGAGGAGAGAGAGGAGGGAGGACAAAAGGAGGGGCGAGGGGAGGGGAGGCAAGAGGAGGGGGAAGAUGAGAAGGAAGUUAUUGAAGGGCGGGGUGUGAGAGAGGUUGGAGGGGAGAGGGAGGGGAAGGAAGGGAGGGGAGUGAGGGAGGUUGGAGGGGAGACGGAUGGGGGCGAAGGGAGGGGAGUGAGGGAGGUUGGAGGGGAGAGGGAGGGGGGCGAAGGGAGGGAGCAGGAGGAACGGGAGAGACAUGGAGUGGGGGAUGAGGGGCAGGGUGUGGAGUGUGGUGGCGGCAGAGAGAAGAAUGGGCAGAAUGAGAAUGAUAAGGAGAAUGAAAUUAGUGAGGCGAGAGAGGAUGACGAUGUGGUGGAAGUGACAGUGAUGGGAAAGGGAGAGGGAAAGGGCGGUAAAGGAGGAGGGGAGGUGGGUGAUGGUAGAGAGGCGAGGGAAGGCGAGGGUAUGGGGCGUGAUUGGGGGGAGUGUGACGUUGAGGAGUGUGAGAUAGUGGAGGGGAAUGUUCGGGGGAGGGAUGGUGAGGGAAGGGAUGUUGAAGAGAGAAGGGGAAGGCGAGUGGCUGGUGAAGUGAGAAGAGGGCGAGUGGGAGAGAAAGGCGGGAGUGGAAGGGAGAAGGGGAAGGUAACGAAGAGAGAAAGGGAGGGAAAGAGGAGUCGGAGAGGAGAAGAGAAGGCGAGGGCACAUGAGGAGGAGGAGGAGGGAGAGGACGGAGGGGAGAGGGAGGAGGAAGAGGGUGAAGAGGUGGAGGAGAUUGAAAUGGUGGAGGGGGGGGAGAAGGAGGAGGAGAAGAAGGUGGGGGAAGAAGAGGUGAAGGGCAGAAAGAGGGGACAAAAGCGGAGUAAGCACGAGGAGAGGGAGAAUGAGGGGAAUGAUGAGGGUAAGGAGGAUGAGGAUGAGGAGGAGGAGGUGGAAGAGAUAAAGGUAGAAGAUAUACAGGAGGACAGGAGCAAGAGGAAUAAGAGGAAGCGCAAGGAGAGGCAGGGGGGAGAAAAGGAGAAGGAGGCGAGAAAGAGGUCAAAGUACCAGAAAGAAGAGGAGAAAGAGGAAGAGGAGGAUUUGGGAGAGGAGGAGGAGAGUGAGGAGGAGGAAGUGGAGCAGGGCAAGGGGGGAAGGAGGUGUAAGGCGAAGGAGAAGCGGUAUGAGUGUGGGCAGUGCGGCAUGGCGUUCACUCGACCGGCAUAUGUGCGACAACACAUGGCCACCCACGCGAACCAGUCCGCUGGCUUUGGCCGCAUGAGGAGGACUAGGAAGGCCUCACUCACUCACCCACUCAAUCACUCCGGUUCUUCACCCUCCCUCGCUCGCCUUCCUACCACUCCCUGCUACCCCACCCCACCAAUUGCCUUACAGCAGAAGUCGUUUGUGUGCCCACACGAGGACUGCAGAAGAGCGUUCGGGAGGAAGUACCACCUGCAGCGCCACAUGCAGUCGCAUGCUCCCGACCGGUGCGCCAAGACGUUCAGCCUGCACGCCAGCAUGCAGAGGCACGUGAGGGAACAGCACUGGGAGGAGGAAGGUUUAAGAGACCGGCUUGAUCGAAUCAACAGAGAGAUCAAGGCGAAGCAGCAACGGCACGGGAGGGAGGUUGAUGUUCUCCUGAUUCUCUUGCCUCCCUCCAUCUGUGCAACCCCUACAUCCCCACCCUACCAGUUUCCCUGUCCGCACCCGCAGUGCACCAAGACGUUCAGCCUACACGCCAGCAUGCAGCGGCGCGUGAGGGAGCAGCACUGGGAGGAGGAGGGCAUUCGAGACCGGCUUGAUCGAAUCAACCGAGAGAUCAAGGCGAAGCAGCAACGGCACGGGAGGGAGGUUGAUGUUCUCCUGAUUCUCUUGCCUCCCUCCAUCUGCGCAACCCCUACAUCCCCACCCUACCAGUUUCCCUGUCCGCACCCGCAGUGCACCAAGACGUUCAGCCUGCAUGCCAGCAUGCAGCGGCACGUGAGGGAGCAGCACUGGGAGGAGGAGGGCAUCCGGGACCGGCUGGAUAGGGUAAAUAGAGAGAUCAAGGCGAAGCAGGAGGAGGAGGGGGGGAUUGGUGAUCGGUUGUGUAGGGUGAAGAGAGAGAGUAAGGGAGGGGGUGCGGAGCAUAAGGUUCAGGAGAAGGAGGGGGUCCAGGAGAGAAGACAGCAGAAGGGACAGCAGAAAACAGAGGAGAAAGCACAGGGGAAGACACAGGAAGCACAGGAGAAAAUGCAGAAAGCACAGGAAAUAAUACAGGAGAAACCGAAGGAGAAAACGCAGGAGGAAGCGCAGGAGAAAACACAAGAGAAGGAAUGCGAGAAGACAACAGAAGCAACAGGAGGGAUUGGAGGAGGGGGGAAGGAGGGGAUAGCUGGGAAUGAGGAGCGGAGAGGAGGGGAGGAGGAGCAGAGAGGAAGGGAGGAGAGGAAAGCAAGGGAGGGGGAGAGGGAGGAGGAAAGGAGAGGUGGAGACGAGGGGAGAGGAGGGGAGGAGGAGAGGGAGGAGGAAAAGAGAGGUGGAGACGAGAAGAGAGGAGGUGAGGAGGAGAGGAUCGCAGCAGAGGGGGAAAGGAGAGGAGGGGGAAAUCAGAAGAGAGAAGGCGAGCAGGAGGAGAGAAGGGGUGAUGAAGGGGCUGGAAAGGGUUUGAGUGUGAUGGGGAGUGGUGAGAAGCGGUUUGACACUCAAAUGUGUGAUGCUGAAUUGUUUGAUGCUGCUGAAGCAGACAGGCAAGAAUCUGCUGACGUGGAGGAUAACAGAGAGAUCCUUGCGACCAAUGGGAGAGAAGGGGCGGUGCAAGGGAUGCAGGGCCACCUGCAGCAACAGAAGCAGCACCUGAAGAAACCCCUGGAGGUUGGUGAGGAUCGCCUGGAGAAGCACCUGAAGGAGAAGGAGCAGCCUGGUAUGGAGAUGAAAAAUCACCUGAACCAACAGAAGGAACAGCUGAGGGCAAUAAAGGAGCACUUGAGGAGGAAGGAGAUUCUCCUAAAGGAGGAGGAGGAUUAUCUGAGGCGGCAGCAGGAGCACCUGAGACAACAGAGGGAGCACCUGAAACAACAGAACGAGGAUCUGAGGCAACGAGAGGAGCAAUUAGCAAGGCAAGAGCAGCACCUGGGGGAACACCUGAGCGGGGAGCACCUGGGGGAAGAGCACCUGGGAGGACAUUUGAGGGGGCACCUGAGGGGGAAGCACGUGGGGGGGAAUGGGUUGCUAUUGCUGCAAGAUGCAGUAUGCUUAAGCUCUGGUGCUGCUGUGGGGACGACUGGUGGUGGUGUGGCGGCAGCUGAUGCUCACGUGGCAGCUCGUGCUGAUGUGGCAGCAACUGAUGGUGAUGCAGAAGUGGCUGUUUGUGAUGUGGCAGGUGGCGAUGGUGAUAUUACAGCAGCUGAUGGUGAUGUGGCAGAAGCUGUUGAUGAGGUGGCAACCGAUGCCGAUGCAAUGGCGACCGUUGGUACGAGUGUGGGCGGUGGGGGGACUGGUUGUGUGGCUGGUGGUGUGGCUGGUGAGGGUGCUGAUGGGAGGAUAAGGGAAGGCGUGAGGGAAGUGGAGGUGGCGAUGCGAGGAGAAGGAGGGGGAGGGGGUGAGGGGAAGGUGGAGGUUGGCAAAGGAGCAAUGGCAUCAGAAGUGGCGGUUGUUACAGGAGCUGUGGCGUCAGGGGGUGGUUGUGAGGCGCCUCAAAAGUUGAUGCGAGGAGAGGAGGGAAGGGGAGCGGGUCAGGGGAAGGUGGAGGUUGGCAAAGGAGCAAUGGCAUCAGAAGUGGCGUCAGAGGGGGUAAGGAAGUACAAGCAGGCUGGGAUGAUGAGCUGGAAGCGAAGGAGGUGGUGUGAUAAGGACGUGGUGAGAGAUAAGCAUGUGGUGAGAAGCAAGGAGAUGGCGGCAGGAAAGCUGGCACUGAGGAACGAGAUGGCAAGUCAAGGAAGGGACCAUGUGAAGGCACUGAGGAACGAGAUGGCAAGUCAAGGAAGGGACCAUGUGAAGGCACUGAGGAACGAGAUGGCAAGUCAAGGAAGGGACCAUGUGAAGGCACUGAGGAACGAGAUGGCAAGUCAAGGAAGGGACCAUGUGAAGGCACUGAGGAACGAGAUGGCAAGUCAAGGAAGGGACCAUGUGAAGGCACUGAGGAACGAGAUGGCAAGUCAAGGAAGGGACCAUGUGAAGGCACUGAGGAACGAGAUGGCAAGUCAAGGAAGGGACCAUGUGAAGGCACUGAGGAACGAGAUGGCAAGUCAAGGAAGGGACCAUGUGAAGGCACUGAGGAACGAGAUGGCAAGUCAAGGAAGGGACCAUGUGAAGGCACUGAGGAACGAGAUGGCAAGUCAAGGAAGGGACCAUGUGAAGGCACUGAGGAACGAGAUGGCAAGUCAAGGAAGGGACCAUGUGAAGGCACUGAGGAACGAGAUGGCAAGUCAAGGAAGGGACCAUGUGAAGGCACUGAGGAACGAGAUGGCAAGCACUGAGGCAAGGCACGCAGAAGGGGAAGGAGAUUCGAGAGGGAGCGAAGGAGAGGGCGACACAUCAGCAUCAAGUGACGGGGAUGCAGCAGCAGAAAGUACAGCUGCAGCAGCAGCAGCAGCAGCAGCAGCAGGGGAGGGCACGGAUGGCGCAGCAGAGGGAGCAGAUGGGGCCAUAUGUGGCUUCUGCUUUGCUGCCUUCCCGUCCCUCUCUGCCUUGGAGCAACACACACAGCAGCAGCACCGCUCCGUGCCCUGCCCGCACUGCAACAAGCGCAUCUCGUUCUCUCGCUUCAAACGCCACCUCAAGGAGCAGCAUGAGGUGGGAAACCGUUCUUCUCAUCCGUGCAAGGUGGAUGGGUGCAACAAAGCAUUCAGCUCGCCCAGCAACCUAAGGACGCACAUCAGGGCAUGCCAUCAGAAAGAUCGCCCGUUUGCCUGCUCCGUCCAUGGCUGCUCCCAGCGCUUCGCAUACAAAGCCAACCUCUCGCGGCAUAUUGCAGCCAUACACGAGAUGACACCCGCACAGAAUGUGGUGGAGAGGGAUGAGGCCAUGCACAAGAGACAGAAGCUCACGGGGAGACCACCUUGUUCUGAUGGUGCUGCAUUCGUCAGCGAUACGCUGCGUGCUGCACAUAAGCAUGAAAAUGGCUCCGCGGAAGCAGAAAAAUGA